UCAGAAAACCACAAAAACACUGUGUGACGAUGUUUUGUGAACAUUAAAAUUAAGGGUCAGAGGGUAAAAACCAUUGAUAAAAUAACGUUAUUUUUGUAAAUAUUUGUAAAAUUCCUCAAAGUGUGAUGUUUAUCAAAAAGCUGGCUAGAGCUCUACGAAGAAACUUGUUUCAGGUAAAUUAUGGGACUAAGCCCGACAUUCCAAAUGAGGUUGUAUCAAAAACAAAACCAUACAAGGUGAUGCUUGAAAUGGGUAAGAAAUACAGCUGGUGUGCGUGCGGCCACGCCAAGACAGCGCUGUGUGACGGCACACACAAGGAUCAAUCCCUCAAUAUUAAAGAGAGGCCCAUUAAAUUCUCAGUAGAUAUGUCUAAGGAUUAUUUUCUGUGUACCUGCCGAAAAACUAAAAAUAUACCAUUUUGUGAUGGUUCACAUAAAACAAUUAAUGUUAAGAACCAAUAAGUUGAAAAACAUUUUUAAAAUCAUCAUUUUGAUGCAAAAAAGCUCCCAUUUACGACGCCACAGUGUAGUAUAAUUUGCUUGAUUGCUUUUAUUUUAAAGCCUUCAUUAGUUGUUGUAAAAUACUUAGAUUAAGUUAAAAAGUGUUAUUAGAUUUAUAUUUUUAUCUUAUGUUAUUGUUGAAAUAAACCUUGGACUUUGAAAUAUAAGUUUUUUUAAGAAUAUUAGUAAUUUGGAAC